AUGGCUUCGAUAUUCACGUACGAUCCUGACCCGCCGCGGGUCUCCUCGCCGUGGCUGGCGCCAGAUGACCCUGCGGAACUGGGCAAAAUCUCCCGCGACUCCGGCAGCCCAGCCUCGUCAUUGUCGCAGUACCGUCUCACGAAGCUGCAAGCGGAGCCGCAGGAAGGGCCGACAGAAUACAAGCUUCACCUCCUCCUGAGGCCGAGGAGAGCCUACACAUCCAUGAGCACGGUUGAGCAGCGUCGCGCGUCUCUGCAGCCAGCCACCGGCUCGCACAACGCGAAGCUGCCGGCAUUAAACUCCCCUGCUGCAUCCCAUCAGUCCCGCCAAGAGAGACUGAAGCACCUCACGACCCAGCUCUUGUGGCGCCUGCAGCAGUCCUCUCCGUACCAUGCGACCAGCUCCAAGGAGUCGGCCGUUGUCAAGCUUGCGCAAGACAGCAUCGACCCUAACUCGCCGGUCAAGUUGGAGCCUCUGGUUCCCGGGCUGGAAGAAUCGAGAGGCGCUCUGUACGAGAUAGGGGUAUCUGACGACGGCACUUUGAUCGGCUUGACAAAAGACGAGAUGAGUGAGAGCCUGGCCACCCUGCGCGCAAUGGCAGCAAGCCUUGGCUGCCUUGUCGAUGUGGUCCGUAUGGUGGUCGUGGGUGACUGCGAAUGGGAGGAGUCCGCGGACGCUCCAGGUGAUGCCGAUCGAGCCGUGCCCCUCGUUCCGAGCAAAGGGGAGCUGUGGGUAGCCGAAGCGCUCGUCACGCCCAGUCUUGGAAUACAGCAGGAGCCCAGCACGGGGGAGGUUGGGCAGAGAUCAGCAGGGGCGGCUUGGCACACGCCAACCUCGGCCGAAGCAGUUGCCUUGCCCAGCAGGGGAAGCUCGGCUACCCCUCAGCUCAGGAUAACACUGACUGGCCCUACCACGUCGGGCAAAUCAAGCCUGUUGGGGACUCUCUCUACCGGAACGCUGGAUAACGGGCGGGGCAAAAGCCGCCUGAGCCUGCUCAAGCAUCGCCAUGAAAUGGUGUCGGGCGUCACGAGCUCAAUCGCCCAGGAGCUGAUAGGUUAUCGCGACGACGCGAUCCUCAACUUCGCGCAAGGAAACAUAGAAUCGUGGGUCGACAUUCACGACCGCGCCGAAAACGGCAGGCUUGUCUUCCUCUCCGAUUCGGGGGGACACCCGCGGUAUCGACGCACCGUGUUGCGGGGACUCAUGAACUGGGCUCCUCACUGGAGCAUUCUUUGCAUUGCGGGAGACGCGGCAGAGACCGUCGCCGUGGCGGGCAGUGAUUUCACCGGUCCGCCGGGGAGAGAUGCCCUGGGAGGUGCUGCUGCCGGGAUUGAUCUUGUCCGGGCGCACCUGAACCUGGUGCUGAAGCUGGAGGUGCCCAUGGCCAUUGUAAUCACCAAGCUAGAUCUUGCCUCGAGGCACAGCCUGCAAAAGACCAUGGUGAAAGUGUUGGCUGCCGUCAAGGACGCAGGCCGCGUACCCAAGAUCCUGCAGCCUGAUCAAGUGCAGCAUGCUGAUUUGCGACGGAUCCCCCCCGCGGACCUUUCCAAAGCGGACUCGUUCGUGGAAACCUUGUCACGGAGCGGCAGCUCGACGUCGCAUGUUCCCAUCGUCCUCACCAGCGCCGUCAAAGGCACCGGCAUUGGUCUGCUGCACGCGCUUCUCGCCAAGCUGCCCCUUCCGCCGCCGCCGACGUCGCGAGACUACGUAGGGAUGGCCUUGAACCCCGAGCAGCCGAGAAGCCUGUUCCACGUCGACGACACGUUCAGCCUGCCAAGCUCGUACUGCGCCAUGGCAACCGGCCCCCGCGGUCCUGCGGACAGGGGAGUCGUGGUUUCCGGCCACGUCCGUUUCGGAAGCCUCUCGGUGGGAGACGGCAUCGUGGUCGGGCCGUUCCAGCCGGAAGACGACGAGUCCCGAGGGGCGAGGAUGGCCGUGGCGGAUAGGCCGUCGCCGGGCGGGUACGGCCUGUCCAUCUCGCACCCUUCGUCGUCCGAGCUGACCCGAAUGCUCGCCAACGCUUGCGUGCCGGCGUCCACGGUCCCGGGAGAGUGGCACAGUGCGCAAAUCGUCAGCAUCCGCAACCUGCGACUAGCCGUGCGCACGCUCGAAGCCGGCCAGGCUGGGUCCGUCGGCAUCGCCUUUGGAGCGUCCGCCGACGGUGGCGCCGGUUCCGUCUCGGCGGAAAACCUCCGGGUGCGGCGCGGCAUGGUCCUGGCCAUACCCUCGAGCCACAUGCUGGACACGCGGCUGUCUCUCCAAGCCGCCAGCGGGUUUACCGCCGUGUUUCACGACCCAGCCAUGCAGUCUCUCGCCGCGGGGUCGUUUGUGAACGUUUACGUGGCGAGCGUACGAGCUUCCGCUCGAAUCCUGCGCAUCCUCGGCCAUCGACCAGGCCCAGACGCGACGGCCGGCGCAAACGACGUGGAGGAUGUCUUGGGCCUCGGCGCCGAUGUCGACAAUGUGGAAUCCAGCGGCGAAGACGCCGGGGAGUGGCUGGGCGAGGUGACGCUAGAACUGCUGCAUAACAGAGAGUGGAUUGAGAUGGGGUCCAAGGUGAUGAUGCUGGAAGGCGGCAGUCAGGAUCGAUCGGGGCUAGAGGGCUACGUGGGUAAAGUGAUUGAAAUUGUCGAAUGA